CAUCGACACUCCUCUCCGUCGCCUAGGCCCUCAUCCUCUAUAGUUCUUGCUAAUCUCGCCCGACGCCCACCGCAGCGACCGCAUCCUUCGAAAGAUACCUCUGCCGCCUCCUGUGAGUAAUGACGUCGUCGGCGCACAGCCCCGCCUUCCUCUGCUUUUAUUUUUCAGCCCACGCUCUCCUUUCGCCGACAAUUGUUGGAUGUUGCAUUGCUGACGCUCUCGCCACUCACAACCAUUGUCACUCUUCACAGCUAGCACUACAACACCACCUUUUCAAGCAAACAGGACAAAAUGGUUGACUCUUCCGCCGCCAUUCGCCGAGGACACCCGGCCAUCUUCGGACUCCUCGCCUUCGUCUCGUUCAUCGUGGCUGUCAUCGCCUCGACGCUGACGACUGACUUCAACAACAAGGGCAACGCCCAGUCGUCCGCCAUUACUGGCGCUGUCCGCUACUCUGUCUUCGUCGGCUGGUGGACCUUCCUCUUUUCCAUCGUCUACCUCGUUCUCUUCCUCGUCGGUAAGGGAGGCGUAGUCACUUCGAUUGCCGGCCAUGCCAUCUGGAUCGUCCUCACAUGGAUCUUCUUCCUCGCGGGCGCCGGUGCGGUCACGGGCUCCAUGCACGGCGCGCAGAACUGCUCUACCUCAGAUCUUCGGUACUGCGGCAGCAUGGAAGCCCUCAUGGCCUUCAGCUGGAUUGCCUGGAUUAUUCUUACUGGUAUGCUGGCCAUGGUCAUCGUCAUUGGUGGCGGCGCCUUCCGAGGCGGCCGGACCUUCAAGGAGGGCCUCAAUGCAUGAGCGAUUUCCGCGCGCUCUCUCCUACACCCACCCCUCCUUCGUCUUUCUCGUCCGUUCGUAUUCCCAGACUCUCUUAAUUCCUAUGUUCGCGCCCCUCGACCCUUUGGAUUCAGCCCCCUAGCCCCCCCUUUACAUUCGUCUCGGCGAUGUCAAUAUCCACAAGGUCUCUCUCCUCGU